AUGAGGAAAUCCAACACAGUUCUCUUUCCCGAGACGAAAGCACCAUACAAUCCACUUCCACCGCCCGCGCGUGCUCCUCUGCCGCAUGAAGUUGCUGCCAAGGCACAAUUGGCACGCGACAGCAUUCGACAGCUGCUUCAAGACCUCCCCACCAGUGAAGCGAGUGAUCAUAACCUUCUCCUCCAACGAACAGAGGUCGCCAUUGAACUUCGAAAGGCUGCAAGCUACACCAAGUCGAUUGAAUGGCACACCAUUCCAGCAGAGCUCAAGAACAUCAUCUACCGCCAUCUCAUGACCCAAGAGCAGCCCAUCUCACCAAACGUUCGGCAUCCGAGGGACCCCGAGAAGCGGCAAGUUCACAAGUACGACCUCGGUGCCAACCUCCUUUGCAGCAGCAAAGAAAUCUUCGAAGAAGCAUUGCCAAUUCUCCUAGGCGAGAAUACAUUCGAAAUCAAUUCCUACCUUGUAACCUAUCUUGGCCUUGGUACCAAGACACGCCACAAGCGCGAGAAGCUGGUGCGAAAGAUCAUCUGCGAUGGGCUGCGCAAGAGGAACGAACUUUCUCUCGUCAAGCGUCUCACCAGUCUCCAAGAAGUGACCAUCAUGUGGAAGAACCAGGAGCCUUUAAGCUAUCGCCACUGGAGUGGAGAAUUCAACGAGAGGGAGCGAGGUGGUGCCAUGGUCUUUACGAGCAUGUCUCCAGAGCUGAUUGACUUGAUCAUCGAGCGGUCCAAUGUCAAGUGGUACUGUGUCUUUGAGCGGUUUACGCGUCCCAAGCCACUCGCAGACCAUCAAAUUAUGGCGUACCGUUGCCUGAUCAUGCACGAUCCGACUGCAGAUCCUCAGAUUUGGUUAGAGGUUGUGAACACCAAUACGUAUUCACAGGCUGAAAAGGGCGACUAUCCCAUCGUGUGA